GGGAAUUGCCAGUAGACAUAUGUCUGCAGUACGAAUAAGAGUAUGGAUUUCAUAUGAAAAUGUAACUUAAGCAAACACAUUAUUUUAAAUUAUGGUGCAAAUUAUCUGUUGUUAUUUUAAGUGUUAAAAAGUAAAUUAAAUCAGUUUUUCAUGGUUACCUGAGUAAUAGAAAUCAGAAAAUAACAACAAAAAUGUGUUCUCCUGCAAUAAAAAAUAUUUCAUCUUUUUUAACCCCUAUAAAAUCACCAGUUAUCAGAUUGUCCUCACCACUAAACAUAGAUAAAUGCUCUUCUAGCCACAUGAAUAAGACAUUACCUAAGUAUUUAAGCCAACAAUUGCUUUCCUUGAGGAGGCUGGAACUGAGAGAUGACAGAGAGGCAGAAUGUUGUUUGUCUGUCCAGUCUUCAAAAAAGAGAAGGGAUACAUCAGUAAACAACAGGGUAGCCAAGUGCCUGUUUUCUCCAGUAAGAACUUCCAAACCUCAUGAAGUAACUCAAACCAUUAGAAGGUAUCAGACAAUUCCUUCCUUUGAUACUCCCCAGCGUAAUUCAAUUACAGCCGGGACACUGAGAAGUAAAACUAGGGGUUUUGUGUUAGGUCGGGGAAGCUAUGGAGUGGUUGUAAAGGGAAAGUAUAAACGUGAACUAGUAGCUGUGAAAAUUAUACCAAAAAUCAAAGAGUCUAAAAGUCGUCAAUGUUUGGACAGGGAAAUGAAUGCCCUUAGUUUAAAACAUCCAAAUAUAAUUGAAGUCCACAAGGUGAUCAGACAUUCUCCAAGUGAUAUAGGUUUUGUGAUCAUGGAACUGAGUGAUAAUAUUGAUUUGGAAACCCUCCUUCAAUGUGAAAUAUUGCCAUUUAGCAUCAAACUAAGAUAUCUAAAACAGACUGGGAGAGCACUUGAGUAUUGCCAUAGUAAAGGAAUUUUACAUUUGGAUGUAAAACCAAAAAAUAUUACUCUAUGUCCAUCAAAUAAUAUUUGCAAACUUUGUGAUUUUGGAAGUUCGAUAUCUACUUGUAGUGCUGAGAAAUCAAGAAGCAAUAUAAAGGGAACGUUAAAAUAUUCAGCUCCUGAGUUAUUACGAGGAAAGACUGUAACAGACAAAACAGACACUUACGCAUUUGGAAUCACCAUGUGGCAGGUCAUUAAUCAAGAGGUACCUUAUGGAAAAGAGGAUUUACAUGUUGUCAUCUAUAAGGUGGUAGCACAGAAUUUUCGGCCAGAUAAUCAUAUCUUGUUGUGCAACACACCAGCUGACCACAUCUAUAAAGCCUGCUGGGCAGCUAAUCCUACUGAGAGGCCUUCAAUGUCUACAGUUGUAACAAUGUUAGAAGGAAUUAAAACCACUUGAAUAAGUAAAAAAGUUUUAUUGUCUGAUA